AGCCUUUGCGUGCGCAAAAUGGCAGCCCCCAUGCCUCGGGGGUUGUCCUAUUUAUUCAAGGCUGUGGGAUGGUGGUCUCGUCAGCCGGUCCUAGCGUCUCAUCCGAUAGUGGUAGUUCCAGUAAGGACUAAAAAACGUUUCACACCCCCUGCUUAUGAACCCAAAUUCAGAACAGAAAAGGAGUUUGCGGAACACGCCCGGAAAGCAGGACUGGUCAUUCCUCCGGAACGUUUGGAGCGUCCCAUACAUUUGGCAUGUACAGCUAAUAUCUUUGAGGCCUAUGUGCCUCCCGAGGGUGAUGCUCGCAUGUCAUCUCUUUCGAAGGAAGGACUAACCCAGAGAACGGAGCGACUGAAGAAGAAUGUGGCAUCACAGUUGUCAAUCCGAAAGAUAAAAGAAUAUGAUGCUGAUUUUAAAGUGAAGGACUUCCCGGAAAAAGCUAAGGAUAUCUUCAUUGAAGCUCACCUUUGUCUGAACAACUCAGACCACGACCGCCUUCACACCUUGGUCACUGAACAUUGUUUCCCGGACAUGGUCUGGGACCUCAAAUGUAAGACUGUCCGCUGGCGCUUCGUGGAAUCUUUAGAGCCACCUCAGGUGGUUCAGGUUCGCUGUUCCAGCUUAUUGAACCAGGGCAACAUGUACGGCCAGGUCACCGUGCGCAUGCACUCCCGGCAGGCCCUGGCUAUUUAUGACCGCUUUGGUCGGUUGAUGUAUGGAGAGGAAGACGUUCCCAAGGACGUCCUGGAAUAUGUUGUAUUUGAGAAGCAUCUGGCAAACCCCUAUGGGAGCUGGAGAAUGCAUGGCAAGAUUGUUCCCACAUGGGCGCCUCCAAAACAGCCCAUCAUUAAGACGGUGAUGAUCCCUGGCCCUGAGCUGAAGCCGGGGGAGAACUAUGAAGAGGCACGAGGAGGGCCGUGAGUGUCAGCUAGCCUGAUGGCAAGGAGGACUCCUACGGUGGAGCAUGGCUGAUGAAGCUGCUGGACAGUGGGCAGUCAUCCAGGCCAUCUAGGUUGCCACCCAUCCUGCUUGCUUCACAGCAGCCUUAUCCUCAGCAGGCAUGGCCGAGACUGGGGUGAGGUGGGUGGCUGGGACACGGAGGCACGGCCCAUUUCCGGCACUGUACCUGCCAGUUCUUCCUGCAGCAGGGACCAUGGGAGGAAACCAGCAGCAAUCUCUUUCUAAUCACAGGACAGGGAGAAGUUUGAAAUAAAACCAUUUGUAUCAAA